AGCGUUCACCCGUUCACUUCGCCGCUAGAUCGAACCUGUUUAACUUGGCCUCGUUCUCCUCCUCCUCCUCCUCUCUCUCUCUGUCCAGCCAGCCGCGCACGUGGCCGAACCAACCAACCCCCCAGACCCGAACCCUAACCCUACCUCCCUCUCGCUCCCCGUCGCGGGGCUUCUGGAGGCGGCGGAUGGGCCCCUGCACCGCCGGCGACGCCUCCGCAUCGGCGGCGUCUUCCUCGUCGGGCCUCUCCACCUCCGCUCCUGCCGCCGCCGACGCGGGCGCCACCCACUACCUCGCCAAGCGUGUGCUCCGGGGCAGCGCCGUGCUCCACGUCGCCGAGGGAUACUUCCGCUCGCCCGACUCCGCGGACGUCGUCCUCAGCAAGGAAACUUCACUAGAGUUGGUUGCAGUUGGUGAUGAUGGUGUUUUAUUGUCAAUCUGCGAACAAGACAUGUUUGGGAUUAUAAAAGAUAUUGGUGUAUUGCAAUGGCACUAUAGACACUUCGGUGUGAUUCCAGAGAUAGAACGCAAAGAUCUUCUGGUUGUGCUUUCAGAUUCUGGAAAGCUUUCCAUUCUUUACUUUUGUUCUGAGAUGCAUAGGCUCUUUGCAAUUGCCAAUAUUGAGUUAUCCAAACCAGGAAACCUGAAGCAUCAGCUGGGAAGAAUUUUAGCUAUAGAUCGAGAAUCUAAUUUUGUUGCUGUCAGUGCGUAUGAGGAUAAGUUUGCUCUUAUACAUGUUUCGGAGUGUCAGAGUCCCCAUGGUACUGGUAGAGGUACCAUUUCUGAGAAGAAAUAUUUUUAUCCACCAGAAAAUGAAGAGGAUGCAAGAAUCGUAAGUGGUGCAUCUAGGACAAGUAUACGCGGUACAAUAUGGACCAUGUGCUUCAUAUCGACAUCCCUAGAUGAAGAAUGUUAUCCAGUGCUGGCAAUGAUAAUUCACAGGAAGGGCUCUGAUGUGAAUGACUUGUCAUUAUUUGGACGCGACUCCAGCAGCUGUGGUAUCGACCACAUCUCUAGUUAUUCAGAAACUGGACCGUUGGCACUUGACAUAUCAGAAAUUCCUGAAAUGUUUGGCUUUGCACUUCUGUUUCGUGUUGGUGAUGCUUUACUGUUGGAUCUUAGAAACCCAAGGAAUGUCUGUUGUAUCCGCAGAAUCAGUUUGACGACUAGUCUUUUUGGAGAGCCGGUCACUAUUGAAGAUUCCUGUCCAGGAUUAGAUGUUAAUGACGAUGUGGCUGCUUGUGCUUUGCUAGAAUUGAGAGAUUCUGGUAAUAGUAUAAUGAAGGAUGAGGGUUACAUGGACAUUGAUGGUGUUGACAACAGAGGUAAUGUAAAAUCAAGGAUAAUUUGCUCAUGGAGCUGGGAGCCACCUGACCCUGUCAGGCGAGGAUGUGCAAGGCUGCUGUUUUGCUUAGAUGACGGAGAAUUUCAUACUCUCGAAUUUACUUUGGAUGUUGAUGGAGUGAAGUUAUACAUGUUUGAGUUUAUUGAUAGGGGUUUUCCUUGCAAACCUCUUUUAUGGUUGAAAAAUAGAAUGAUAAUAGGAUUUGUAGAGAUGGGAGAUGGAAUGAUCUUUAAGCUUGGCCAUCGUAGAUUGUUGCAUAAAAGUACAAUUCAGAAUGUAGCACCAAUAUUGGAUCUGGCAAUUGCUGACUACCACGGUGAGAAACAGGAUCAGAUGUUUGCGUGUUGUGGAAUGUGCCCUGAGGGUUCUCUGCGAGUAUUACGGAAUGGUGUCAAUGUGGAGAAACUUCUGAGGACUGAUGCUAUCUAUCAGGGUGUUACUGGUUUGUGGACUUUGAGAAUGAAGAUAACUGAUGUUUACCACUCUUUUCUUGUGUUAUCAUUUGUUGAAGAAACCAGAAUACUGUCAGUAGGACUAAGUUUUAAUGACAUCAGUGAUGCUGUGGGAUUCCAGCCUGAUGUUUGCACUUUGGCAUGUGGUUUGGUGGCUGAUGGUUUGCUUGUGCAAAUUCACAGUAAAGGUGUAAAGCUCUGUUUGCCUACAGUAUAUGCUCACCCUGAAGGUGCCCCCUUAACUUCUCCAGUUUGCACUGACUGGUAUCCUGAUGUCACUAUCAGUGUUGGUGCCGUAGGACAUAAUAUUGUUGUUGUUGCUACAUCAAAUCCUUGUUGCCUCUAUAUUCUUGGCGUCAGACCAUCACCAUCUUUUCAGAACGAGUUGUAUGAGACACAACAUGUUCAAUUGAGAUAUGAAAUAUCUUGCAUAUCCAUCCCGCAAGAGGACUGGAGACCUGAUAAUGUAGCUUCCAGUUGUGCUAAAGUUAAUGUCCACAGGUUUGCUGUCAUUGGAACUCAUAAACCUUCUGUGGAAAUAAUCUCCUUGGAGCCUGGAGAAACAUUUAGGCUACUAACUGUCGGGCCUAUCUCAGUAAACAAUGCGCUUGGUGCUCCUAUUAGUGGUUGUAUACCCGAAAAUGUUAGGUUUGUUGCGGCUGAGAGGUUCUACAUUCUUGCAGGCUUGAGAAAUGGAAUGCUACUCAGGUUUGAGUCAGAAGCAAGCGAGCAUUAUUUCCCUGGUUCCUUCUAUAAGGACUCUUCUACCCUUUCUGUUAAUACAUUUCUUCAAUUGAUUUCUGUACGGCGUAUUGGAAUUACUCCUGUAGUCUUGGUACCAAUGCAUGAUUCAGCUAAUGCUGACAUCAUUGUUCUCAGUGAUAGGCCUUGGCUAUUACAUGCUGCUAGACACAGCCUGGCAUAUUCAUCUAUUUCAUUUCUGCCUGCUUCUCAUGUGACGCCAGUAUCAUCAGUUGAUUGCCCCAAUGGUCUGCUGUUUGUUGCUGAGAACUGCUUGCACUUGGUUGAAAUGGUUCGUGGGAAAAGAUUGAACGCACAAAAGUUUUCAAUUGGAGGGACUCCAAGGAAAGUGCUAUACCAUAGUGAAAGUAGAACACUGUUGGUACUGAGAACUGGGCUAAGUGGUGAAUCAUGUUCCUCGGAUAUUGUCCAAGUAGAUCCACAAAAUGGGGUAUUGCUUUCCAGGUUCAAAUGUGAACCUGGUGAAACAGCAAAAUGCAUGCAAAUUGCAAAAAUAGGAAGUGAUCAAGUUUUAAUUGUUGGGACUAGUAAAUCUGCUGGACGCCCAAUGAUGCCAAAUGGUGAAGCAGAAAGCAGUAUCAAGGGACGCCUGAUUGUUUUAACGUUGGAGGCUGUUGAAAGUCCUCGUGAGAGCAGUUCAUAUAUUCCAACUUCUAGUUUGAAUCCCUCUUCACAUACUGGCUCUCCAUUCCAUGAAAUUGUUGGAUAUACGACUGAAGAAUUCUCUAGUAACAGCCUGUGCAGUAGUCCUGAUGAUUUUUUCUGCAAUCAUAUUCAUGUUGAACAAAUGACAGGACAUUUGAGAGCACUAACUCAUGCUACAUUGAGUGGUGCAGUUCUCGCUGUCAAUCCAUAUCUGGAUCGUUAUGUGUUGGCAGCUGCUGGUAAUACGCUUUGUGUGUUUGGUUUCGCAAAUGAAAAUCCCCAUCGGAUGAAAAGGUGUGCUGUUGGUAAAACACGAUUUACAAUAACUUGUUUGAAGACAUUUGCAUCACGGAUUGCAGUUGGCGAUUGUCGUGAUGGUGUCCUCUUCUAUUCUUAUAAUGAGAGUCUUAGGAAGUUGGAACUGAUCUAUUCUGAUCCUGCUCAAAGAUUGGUGGGUGACGUUGCUCUUUUAAAUUGUGAUACCGCUGUGGUAUCAGAUCGACGUGGGAGCAUAUCUGUUUUAUCUUGUGCAAGAUUGGAAGUUUCAGAAAGUCCACAGAAGAACUUAGCUGUAGAUUGUUCAUUUUAUAUGGCUGAAACAACUAUGAGUAUUCGGAAGGCUUCAUUUAGGUAUCGGCUUCCAAUUGAUGAUGAUACUGACCCAGUGUCUGAGUCAGCUUACAACUGUAUUGUGGCAAGUACCUUGCUGGGGAGCGUAUUCGUUAUGAUUCCGCUUACAAGUGAGGAACAUCAACUGUUGCAAGAUGUCCAAGAAAGACUCUCAGUACACCCAUUGACUGCUCCAGUCUUGGGAAAUGAUCAUGCAGAAUUUCGUCAGCGUGGUGUUCCACCGGGAGUAUCUCCCAUUCUGGAUGGCGAUAUGCUUGUGCAAUUCUUGGAACUCACCGGCAAACAACAGCAAGCAGUACUUACACAUUCUUUGCCAGGAAAGGGCCCACGUAGGCCUGCCUCGGUUUUCCAGGUUCUGCGAACAUUAGAGCGCGUCCACUAUGCACUCAACUGAGGUAUUCUGCAAUCAACUUGGAUGACCUUUAUGGUUUGAGAUAGUCACAACUGAGGUUUUCUGCAAUCCAAUUGGUGAACCUUCGCAGUUUGAGAUGGCCAUUUCCCACCUGUUGGAUGCUAUAGCCAGUGCCAUGAUAUUGUUGGAAUGUGCAAAUGAUGAUGCAACUGGAGCAUUAUACCGAAAUCUCAUGACUGUGCCUUGUUUUUAACUAGGAGAGUAUCUUGUAGAAGCCUGGCUCGCACCGGAUUAGUUGGAAGCCUUGUAUAUAACAUAUGUUUGGCGAAAGGACAUUGAUACAAUCCCUGCUUUGAUGGACUGUUGUAUGGUGCAUCCUGAAUAAAAAUGAUAUUUUUUUGUUCUGUCCUGAGAUAAUAUAUGUAAGCUUCAUUUUAGGUCUUUUUCAGGUCAAUUGGUCAGUAGUUUGAUGAGAAAUAAGUAAACCAUCAAUUGCUUUAGGUGUCACUCGCACUGUCUUUUUACUUGUCUUGGAUUGUACAUUCCUCUUAAAGUUAAGGAUUUGGCACAUCCAUAGUAUUAGAUUUGUUGAAGGAACUCAUUUUCAUUUUA